UAAAGUUCUUAGUGAGCUGAUGGAAAAAUUACUUGGAAUAAACUGAUACGUUUCUAUGUUUUCAUAUAUAUAAAUAUACACGUUGCGAUUCUUUGCCAUGAGCGUGCAUUCAGUUCCUCUUUGUGUUCGUUCAAUGCUUCAAAAUAGUGCUCUCCAAUGUUGAUGUCAUCUCUCUCUCGGCACUGAAGAGUUUGUUGGGGAUUGUCAACGAAGAAACAGAGUUUUCUUUGAACUUGUUUCUGUGCCGCAGCCGUUUUACUGCAACGAGCUUCUCGUCACAACUGCUCUCAUGGGUUCGAGAAUCAUGCCGGCAAUGACAGCCCUUGACGUUCCUGAUCCAACUCAUGAAAGAAAACACAUAGAUGGCAAACAUGAAGUCUCUGUUCAUGGUGAAUGGCGUGGUCUGAUUGAUCGUGAGCAAAAUGGAGCUGUCAGUCAAAUUUUGAGCCCAGGAACAAAGAAAGCUUUACUCAGCAGAACGUAUCCUGAGGUGAAAGCUUUCUGGAAUGAUGGUGCUGACUUAGAAGACGGUAAAGUGGAGAAAGAUAGAGAUAGAAGUGCACAUCGCCAUGUGUUUGGAAAACUUUACAACAAAGCUCUACUGUCAGGGAUUGCGUAUUGCAUUUCAUCAUGCAGCAUGAUACUGGUCAAUAAAUUUGUCCUAUCGGGCUAUGAUUUUAAUGCUGGAAUAUUUCUAAUGGCAUACCAGAAUCUCGUUGCUGUAAUUAUUGUUUCCCUUCUGAGUUUUUUUGGCAUAAUCUCCACAGAGCCCCUUACCUGGAGAUUGGUUAAGGUCUGGUUACCUGUGAAUGUGAUAUUUGUUGGGAUGCUUAUUACAAGCAUAUUUAGCCUUAAGUACAUUAAUGUUGCAAUGGUGACAGUUCUUAAGAAUGUCACCAAUGUGAUAACUGCAGUUGGUGAGAUGUACAUUUUCCAUAAGCAUCAUGAGACUAAAGUGUGGGCUGCGCUUUUCUUAAUGAUCGUAUCAGCAAUUUCUGGUGGGAUUACUGAUCUUACAUUUCAUGCAGUCGGCUACGCAUGGCAGGGUGUGAACUGUCUUCUAACGGCUUCAUAUUCGUUAACACUGAGGAGAGUAAUGGAUUCAGCAAAACAAGUAACAAAAUCUGGAAAUUUGAAUGAAUUUUCAAUGGUGCUCCUAAACAAUGCCCUCUCCUUACCUUUGGGAGUGCUGCUUAUUGUUGGCUUCAAUGAGAUUGAUUACCUUUCCAAGACACCGCUUUUAAGGAUGCCUACGUUCUGGUUGGUGAUGACAGCAAGUGGACUGUUGGGCAUGGCCAUCAGCUUCACUUCAAUGUGGUUCCUGCAUCAGACUGGUGCUACCACCUAUAGUUUGGUGGGGUCACUGAACAAGAUUCCUCUCUCCAUUGCUGGAAUUUUGCUCUUCAACGUUCCAACGACACUUGAAAACUUCUUCAGCAUUCUUUUUGGUCUUAUGGCUGGUGUGUUCUUUGCAAAAGCAAAAAUGUCGCAGAAGACCCAGUCAUGAGGUGUGAAAAACAGCAGGAGGUCUAAUGUAUGUCCUUCUGGCACACGUUCUGAUGGCUGGUUUUAUAAUUGUCUCAACUCGAUAGGAGUUCAUGAUUUUUCCAGCGACCACAUUUCAAGGGUCAGAGUGGUAAUAGUCUAAUAGAGAAUCUUUUUGAAGAAAAAGAGCGAACUUCAUGGCUCUUUCUUUUGGUGGCAGGGUGAGUUGACAACACACGGCAGAAGAUGAUUCUUUGUGAAAUAUUCAACACGGUUGAGCGCAGACAGCAGGUGUUACAGUAAUUUGUCAUUAUAUUCUUUUCAUCUGAGCUCGCUGUGAGAUUUUCGCCCCAUUGUUUAUUCUUUCGUGCCAGUACACCUAAUUCUUAUUUGUGAUUACACAAGCUUUUACCCUGUAACAAAUUACAUUGCAAUUUUCAUUUAAUAAAUUUGGAAACAUUGUUUAAGAAGA